UCGUCAAGUGUCAAAUUCAAAAUUGUUUUGUCAAAAUGGCGUUUAGCUUCCCAGCGUUUUCUUAUAUUAUUGCCCUAAUAAUUGACGCAUUUCUCAUAUUUUUCUCAAUAUUCCACGUGAUAGCAUUUGAUGAAUUAAAAACUGAUUAUAAAAAUCCGAUAGAUCAGUGCAAUAGUUUAAAUCCCUUGGUGUUGCCGGAGUAUUUACUGCAUUUGUUCAUAAACGUAUUGUUUUUGUUGUCUGGAGAAUGGUUUUCAUUAAUAAUAAAUCUUCCUUUGAUCAUUUAUCACAUAUACAGAUAUCGCAACCGGCCAGUGAUGUCAGGACCUGGCCUGUAUGACCCCACUAGCAUAAUGAAUGCCGAUGUUUUGACAGUUUGCCAGCGAGAAGGCUGGAUCAAACUUGCAUUUUAUUUAUUAUCGUUCUUCUUGUAUUUAUAUGGAAUGAUUGUGGUGCUAAUUGCGGUGUAAGAACAGGAGAAUUAUUCUUUUAGGUUUUAUUUAUUAUGCGGUCCACAAGAAGUGUCAGUCAAUAUUACAUAAGUGAGUUUAGAACACACUAGUACAGUAUUUUGAUAAUAAAUUAAAAUUAAUUUUAUAAAA